ACAUUCCAUUGGCGCAUGGAGAUAGGGGAAUCACGUGUAUAGAAACGAGCGUUGUUGUUUUCCAUCGAACAGGCACCACCAAGAUCAGUCCCUUUUUCUUCAGACUGAAUAAGUUCUGAAAAGCAUCAUUGAAAGCUCUACUUCAUCAAUUUGAUGAUAUUAUGGAAGUCAUUGCCCAUGAGAAACAAUGGGCUAUCGAACCACUGCCAGAAAAGGCGACACUUGUUCCGUGUACAGAUUCCCAUACCAACUACAAUAGUCACCGCAAGGACACUGAUCAAGAUUAUCUCCACGGAGUACGACUGCUCCUCCUGACUGUUACUUUGAUGUUAGGGCAGUUCGUACUAGGGAUUGAUGCUACUAUCAUCACCGACAUUCGGGAAGGUCUACAUGUACUUCAACAUCAAGAUCACCUUUAUCAUCUCCGUCCUAAUCUUCGAACUCGGCUCCGUCGUCUGUGCCGUAGCAAAAAGUUCCGAAGCUUUCAUUGUUGGCAGAGCGCUCGCUGGAGUUGGUCAAGCUUCAAUGCUGGCUGGUGGAAUGAUAGUUAUUGGCUAUCGCAUUCCGCUCAAGAGGCGAGCGCUGUAUUUUGCGGUGCUUACGAGCAUGAAUGGGGUUGCGUCUGUUAUGGGGCCGCCCAUAGGUGGUGUCUUCACAGAUACUCCCAAACUCACUUGGAGGUUUUGUUUUUGGAUCAACUUGCCCCUAGGAGCUCUGUCUGUGAUUACGGGUCUUUUAUGCUUUGAAUCUCCUCCUGGACUACCACUCCAGAUGCCUCUUAAAAAGAAGUUAGCAAAAUUGGAUAUAGGAGGUGCUGUUCUGAUGAUAGGCGGUAUGACUUCUUUAUUUUUGGCUCUCCAGAAAGGAGGCGCCAUCUACCCCUGGUCUGACAGCAGAGUAUGGGGAUGUUUGCUGGGCUUUGUUUUGAUCAUCGGAGUAUUCAUCGCUUUGGAAGUCUGGCUGGGCGAUGAUGCAUCAAUCCCGCCGCAUGUGAUUUCUCAGCGAACCAUUUUCUCCAGCGGCAUUUUCGCUGGCUUGGUUUCGAUUGGUCUCAACACCCACACUUACUUCCUUCCGUUUUAUUUUCAGGGUGCCAAAGGCUUAAGUGCUGAAGCUUCUGGGCUCCGGCUGGUACCUUACCUAGGCUCGAUCAUGGUAUCCUCUCUUGGGGUUGGCCUGAUUCUUAUGCUGGUUGGUUUCCCGGUUCCUCUGAUGUGGCUUGGAGUGAUACUGUUUUCCAUCGGGUCCGGUCUAUUGACCACGUUACGGGUUGAUAGCCCUGCCAGUCAUUGGAUUGGUUUUCAACUAUUGACAGGAUUCGGUUUUGGUUCGACGGUCAAUCUAGCUGCAGUCGUGAUCCAAGCCGCUCUACCAGCUGAAGAUCUGCCCAUCGGCAACUCACUGUUCCUGUUCCAUAAUUUUCUGGGCGGAGCCUUGGGGGUGAGUAUUGCUCAGGUUAUAUAUUCGAAUGUUUUGAAGAAGACACUGAGAACAUUGCUCCCGGAGCUUGAAGUUUCUACUGUGAUAUCAGCUGGUGCUACAAAUAUCCGGUCCGUGUAAGUCAAAACUUUUGCCCCCUUUGUCCUUCGGGAAUGUACAUAGCCUGCCAGAGCUCUUCAAAAGAUGAGAGGUUACCAUACGCUCUAGUGCUAAUAUUACCAAGUGUGUCGACGGAUAUGGUACCACUUGUGAGAGAAGCAUACUGUAAUGCUGUGUCCAAAACUUUCUUGCUCCCAGUUGCGGGAGCUUGUCUUGCAUUCCUCUUCACACUCGGAAUCAAAUGGAAGAAUAUCACGAAAUAGGGCUUUCAGUGUCAUACUGCAGACGCAGAAACCAAUUAAUGAGCGGGUGAUGUCCAGUCAUGCCCAGAUUGUUGACAUGGACGAAGUCCUAGAUUAGUACGAAAACUUGGGAGUCUUCUCUGAGGCAGUAGCGUCAUGAUAGUCGUAGCUAUUCUUUAGAUCGGGGAUGGAUGCCCGUUUGAUCAGAACCAUCUCAAGAUCUAGAAGUCCCGCAGUCGUGUUUCCGAUGUCCAGAACUCUAUCACUAGUUUCCAGAUCAGCUUAAAUACUGGAGCCAGGAGUCGAUGCCAUGGUAGCCUUCGAAAUAUCUCUUCCUGCAUCAUUCUGUCCACUUUAUCGUUACAAUCUUUUUCUCACGCUCUAUCCAAUGCGGUGUUGGGCUUCAGCUUUCAAUCUUGCCAACAAUUGGUGACGGGAUGCACAGUCCAACAAUCUGGAACCGGACCCUUCCGAAUCUCUAUCAAAGCGCAGAUUCCAUAUCGAUUUUGUUGCAUGUCGCGAAAUCCCAGCAAACGAAACGGUGGCGUUUUUUAGACCUAUACAGGGCUUCAGAUGUCCGAGGUUUCCAACAAUUGGCGAGACACCGUCCCAAAAACACGGAACUCAAAUCCUUGCAUGUGAAAUGCAGAACGGACAAGACAUUGGGUAUCUAAUUGCUUAGUGUUGAGACUUUGAGGGACACUCACAGUGGGAGGUGAGAAUGGGAAGCAAG